AUGAUUAAAUAUUCUAAUAAAAAUGAUUUAUGUCUGUUAAUAUUAUUACCUGCUAAUAAUGCUGCAAGAAAAUAUUGUAAUCAAAUUGAAUCAUCUUCUACAUGUCAAAUACAAAUGGAUAGAAAUCAUAUGGAAAAAGCUUUAGUUUAUACAUGUAUUAAUCAAACAAAAAUGUAUGAAAAUGAAUUAGUUGAUAAUAAUAAUAAUAAUUCAGUAAUAAAUUCAUUGAAAAAUUUAACAAUUGAAACAAAACAACAAAAUAAAAUCAUGAAAGAUUUUAUUAAACAACGUCAAGUGAAAAUUAAUAAGAAAUCUCAUUUAUCAUCUCCAAUAACAAAUACAAAUAUCCCACGUACAUUUAGUCUAUGGUAUACUAAGAAGAAAAAGAAUAUAGUUGAUGAACAUAAUUAA